AUGUCUUCUACCGUCGAGUUUAAAGAGGACACAGUGAUUGUUGUGUUUGGCGCUUCUGGCGACCUCGCCAAGAAAAAAACGUUUCCGGCCCUGUUUGGACUGUUCAGAGAAGGCCUGUUGUCCAGCAGCACCCGGAUCAUUGGGUAUGCUCGGUCGAAGCUGACGGACGAGGAAUUGAAGACGAGAAUCAAGCCGAACUUCAAGACCCCGACCGAGAAGUCCAAGGCCCAGGUCGACGAGUUCCUCAAGAUGGUGACCUAUAUCUCCGGGCCAUACGACUCUCCGGAGGGCUUCCAGAAGCUCAACUCGACGAUCGAGGAGUACGACGCCGCCAGCAAGGUCAAGGAGUCGCACAGACUGUUCUACCUGGCAUUGCCUCCCUCAGUGUUCACCACGGUGGCCGCCAACCUGAAACAGUACGUCCAUCCUGGAGAUAAAGGUAUUGCCAGGAUAGUGAUCGAGAAACCGUUCGGCCACGACCUGGCCUCUGCACAGGCGUUGCAGAAGGAGCUAGCCCCACUCUGGAGCGAGGACGAGCUGUACAGAAUCGACCACUACCUGGGAAAGGAGAUGGUGAAGAACCUUGUUCCGUUCCGGUUCGCCAACAACUUUUUGUCGGCCUGCUGGAACAACAAUUUCAUCAAGUCGAUCCAGAUCUCGUUCAAGGAGCCGUUCGGAACCGAGGGAAGAGGCGGAUACUUCGAUUCCAUCGGUAUCAUCAGAGACGUGAUGCAGAACCACCUGUUCCAGGUGCUGACGCUGGUGAUGAUGGAGAGACCGGUUUCGUUCGACGCGGAGGCCGUUAGAGACGAGAAGGUCCGGCUGCUCAAGUCGAUCAAGCCGUUCGACAAGGACAACGUCCUGGUGGGCCAGUACACGCGGUCCGAGGACGGGUCGAAGCCGGGCUACCUGGACGACGAGACCGUCAAGCCAGACAGCAAGUGUGUCACGUUUGCCUGUCUGACGCUUCAGGUGGACAACGAGAGGUGGCAGGGUGUUCCUGUCAUUUUGAGGGCCGGAAAGGCCCUGAACGAGGGCAAGGUGGAGAUCAGAGUCCAGUUCAGAGAAAACUCCAACGGCAUGUUCAAGGACAUCAACAGAAACGAGCUGGUCAUCCGCAUCCAGCCGGACGAGGCCAUGUACAUGAAGAUGAACACCAAGGUGCCGGGAAUCAGCAACGGCAUCGCCGUCACCGAGCUCGACCUGUCGUACAAGAGCAGAUACUCCGACUUCUACAUCCCAGAGGCCUACGAGUCGCUCAUCAGAGACUGUCUGCGCGGCGACCACUCCAACUUUGUCAGGGACGACGAGCUCGACAUCAGUUGGGGCCUGUUCACGCCGCUGCUCAACUACCUCGAGGGCCCAGACGCCCCAACCCCACAGCCAUAUGCCUACGGCUCCAGAGGCCCUGCCGGCCUGACCGAGUAUCUCAAGAAGAACGGCUAUGUUUUCCAGAACCGUAAGAUCUACCAGUGGCCAGUCACCACUCCGGACGUUUUGGAGCAGAGCAAAAUUUAA